UCAGGUGGAAGGUCAACAUAAUAUUACAUUAGACAUUUCUGAUGAUUUUUUUUUGCUAUUCAACGAGUUGAUUUUCACUAGACUGACGCUAUUGGCCAGUAAAAUGUGUGAAGUUAAAAAAGUGCGAUUGCUUGCUGUUUAUCUGGUGGUUCUGGUGGUUGGGGUAGUUGGAAAUGACUUUACCACAAGAAGAUUAAGAAAGAGAGCAAUAUGCCCUCCCAGCAGCGAGUGCGUUCCAUUAAGCUCUUGUCCAAUCUUAUCAAGUAUUCUGGAUAACCAGUGUGUCCUGGAAAAUAAGUUGGCCGAAGUAAGCUGUGGGUCCAAAGGUUCAGGUUUAAUAUGCUGUCCACACCUAGAAAUAAUGUCCAUCAAUCAAAUUGGUAACAUCGCUAGUACCGUCAUCCCAGGAAAGUUCGUAGAUGGCGUUAGGUGCGGUCAGUCCCAAGUGGAGGGAGAAGGAUACGAUGGGAUCGGUGCUUACCCAUGGGUGGUCAGAAUCGGAUUUAGAAAUACUUUAAGUGGAGAAAUUAAGUUUCCUUGCACCGGAUCGAUUAUCAGUAGUAAAGUUGUAUUAACUGCUGCCCAUUGUGCUCUGGCCAAAGCAGACAACUAUAAACUGUCCAUGAUAAGGGCAGGAGAGUUUAGCACGAACACCGAUAUAGAUUGUGGCGAAGAGUUUUGCGGUUUACCUGUACAAGAUAUCCCUAUAAGUCACGUAAUUGUCCAUCCAGGGUACGAAAAGCAGACCUACAGUAACAACAUCGCUUUGUUGGCAUUAAAGUCAAAAAUUAAGUACGGAGUAACGACGCAGCCGAUCUGCCUACCGGAAUCUUGGUCGGUCACCGGGACGAAUGCAGUACUGAUUGGAUGGGGAAAAACUGCUGGACAAACAGAAACUCCUUAUAACCAACAACACCUCUUCCUACCUAUAACCAGCCUGAGUCAAUGUGAUAAAGUUUAUGGGAAAACUCUUCCCAUAACAGAUGAUCAGAUUUGUGCAGGAGGUCAAAGUGGUCAAGAUGCCUGCAGCGGUUUUGGAGGAGCUCCACUUUUAGUGAAGCACAGCGACACCUAUUAUCAGGUUGGAAUUUUAUCAUAUGGAUCUGACCAGUGUGGAGCACCAGGCAUACCCAGUGUUUACACGAACACUAAGAAGUAUGUUUCUUGGAUAAGAGAAAAUUCCCCACAAAGAAUUUAAUUUAGUAAUUAUUAUUUAAGUAUAUGAACAUUACAAAAAAUGUGCACAAGUAGGAUUAAUUGCUCUGUGAUGUAUAGUACCUUUUCUGUUGUAACUUAUAGGAUAAUAAUAAGAGUCUUGAGUAA